CGCAGGCGCAGUGAGAGGCGGUAGCGGCGGUGGCGGCGGCAGUAGCAGCAGCGGCGGCGGCAGCUGUUGGGGGGGGUUCCGGGAAGAUGGUGCUCAUUAAGGAAUUCCGUGUGGUCUUGCCGUGUUCAGUCCAGGAGUAUCAGGUUGGACAGCUUUACUCUGUGGCAGAAGCUAGCAAGAAUGAGACUGGCGGUGGAGAAGGAAUUGAAGUGUUAAAGAAUGAACCGUACGAGAAAGAUGGUGAAAAGGGGCAGUACACCCACAAAAUUUACCACCUGAAGAGCAAAGUUCCUGCCUUCGUGAGGAUGAUUGCUCCCGAGGGUUCCUUGGUGUUUCACGAAAAGGCCUGGAACGCCUACCCCUACUGUAGAACAAUUGUAACGAAUGAAUAUAUGAAAGAUGACUUCUUCAUUAAAAUUGAAACAUGGCACAAACCAGACUUGGGAACAUUAGAAAAUGUACAUGGUUUAGAUCCAAACACAUGGAAAACGGUUGAAAUUGUCCACAUAGAUAUUGCAGACCGAAGUCAAGUUGAACCAGCAGACUACAAAGCUGAUGAAGAUCCGGCAUUAUUCCAGUCAGUCAAGACCAAGAGAGGCCCUUUGGGACCCAACUGGAAGAAGGAGCUGGCCAACAAGCCUGACUGUCCCCAGAUGUGUGCCUAUAAGCUGGUGACCAUCAAGUUCAAGUGGUGGGGACUGCAAAGCAAAGUAGAAAACUUCAUUCAGAAGCAAGAAAAAAGGAUAUUCACAAACUUUCAUCGCCAGCUUUUUUGUUGGAUUGACAAGUGGAUUGAUUUGACAAUGGAAGACAUCAGGAGAAUGGAAGACGAAACUCAGAAAGAGCUAGAAACAAUGCGUAAGAAGGGUUCCGUCCGAGGCACGUCGGCUGCUGAUGUCUAGCUGAGUCCCCUGUAGGGUCAGAGACAAAAUCCAACUGUUUACGCAACCAAGGUCAAGUGAGGGGAACAAGCGCAGCCAGUGAUGAGUGACGACGAAUCUGCCCAGAGUGUCGGCGUCGGCUCGACGG